GACCAACAUAUUGAAGAAAAAAAAAGAGGGGAAUAUCGGGCUAUUAAUGGGAUCUGAAAGGGAUAAACAAGAGGAACAAAUAUCUAAUAAGUAUUUAGCGGGAGAAUAUCUUUUGAAUGGUUUUUUUCCGGUGAAAAAAGAAGGAUUUUUGAGGGAACAAGAAGGAUUAAUAGAGAGGAGUAUUUUGAUGCUUUUACCGGGGAAUUCUAAUGGAAAUAUGGGUAUUACUAUGAAUACAGAAGGAUAUUGCGUGGAUAUGUACAGUAUGAGGGAGAUUUAUACGGGAUUAAAAGCGCUUGAAAGGGAAUUAUAUGAAAGGUUUAUUCUUGUAUCAACGGAGGAAAAGAGCCUUAAUGAGUUCAUUCUUAUAUUGAAUCAUGUUCUAAUGUCAGUAAAAUGUGGGAAGGGAGGGCGUAUUUGUAUAGAAAAUGCGAAAAAAAGGGAAGAAAUUCGUCAAGAAGGUAUUUUACAAGGAUGGAAUGUUGAUCUUGAAAAUGGAGAGCUUGUAUUUUUGAGACCGAUUAUUUCAGAGAAUUCGGUACCUUUACCGAAAAAAAAAGGAAUUUUUAGAAAAAACUAUAAUAUAAAAGUCGAUAAUAUUGAAUUAAUUAAUGAGGAUGAUCUUUUGGAAUCAUCAGAUUUGAUUAUCCCUACAUAUCAAAAUAAUUUUUGUAAUGAUGAAUCAAAAAGGAAAAAAAAAAGAUGUAAAAACUGUACAUGUGGUUUGAGACAAGAAGAAACGGAAAUAACGGAAAAAAUAGACAAAAUGACAAUACAUUUAUUAGGAGAAGAUGAACUUGGAAAUAUUGAUUUUAUAAAUGGAAAUAAUAUUAUUAGUAAUUGUGGAAAUUGUUAUCUUGGAGAUGCUUUUCGAUGUAGCAAAUGUCCUUAUUUUGGAAUGCCAGCUUUUAAACCAGGGGAAAAAAUCCAGUUAAAACAAAGUGAUCUUGAAUAAUUUAUUGACGUAAAAGAGGUAGAAUUUAAACUAGAAAAUAUCAUUCAAUAUGC